UUGCCGCAAUGGGGACAUAGUAUCUUUGAUUGAAGUGUGUGGCGUACAGGUUUUGUCGCGGGAAGGAAGUGUUUUGGAAGCGUGUUUGAAUAUUUCGGAAAAAAAGCAUAUUAAGGAUCAAAAUGUCGCUUGCAGACCUGGAAGAGGUGACGGAAAAGCUUGGGAAAACUCACAUCGAAGGGAAUGGAGUUAGCUUCGCUGGGAAAUCGUUGAAGCUCGAUACCGAAAUUGAUGCUAAAGAAGUUGUCGACGCGAUUGCAUCAUGUGAGGAUAUGCAGUUCCUCAACAUGGAAGGUAAUACACUUGGAGUUGACGCUGCAAAAGCCAUUGCCAAAGCUCUGGAAAGUCACAAGGAAUUUAAGCAAGCACUAUGGAAAGAUAUGUUUACGGGUCGCAUGAAAACGGAGAUUCCACUGGCUUUGAAACAUCUAAGCAGUGGACUGAUGCUUGCUGGAGCCCAGUUAACAGUGUUGGAUCUAAGUGAUAAUGCUUUUGGACCUGUGGGAGUUGAAGGACUGGUGACCCUACUAAUGAGUUCAACUUGUUAUUCUCUGGAAGUGCUAAAACUAAAUAACAAUGGUCUUGGAAUCACCGGAGGAAAGAUGUUGGCCAAAGGUUUGCUUGAUUGUCACAGAAAUAGCAAAUCAGCUGGACGUCCACUUGCACUCAAAGUGUUUAUUGCUGGACGCAACAGACUUGAAAAUGAAGGAGCAAAAGCUCUGGCAGAAGUAUUUAAGACUGUAGGUACUCUGGAACAUCUGUCAAUGCCACAAAAUGGGAUAUAUCAUGUUGGUAUAACAGCAAUAUGUGAAGCCCUGACACAUAAUCCUAAUUUGAAGAUAUUGGACCUGAAUGACAAUACUAUCACAGCAAAAGGUGCUCUAUCUGUAGCCAAUGCCCUCUCUAGCCUCCAGAAAUUGGAAGAAAUUAAUCUUGGUGAUUGUUUACUUAAAACUAAAGGAGCAACAUUACUGGCAACUGCCCUCAAGAAGGGACAUCUCUUACUUAAGGAAGUUCAUUUGGGCUAUAAUGAAAUAGGUGCCAAAGGUGGUUUAGCAUUGGCUGAGGCAAUGCGUAAUAAAGGUAACCUGAAAAUUUUAGUUCUUCAAGGAAAUCAGUUUGGUGAUCAAGGAAGGCAGGAGCUACAGUCAGAAUUGAAGCACAGUGGACGUAUUGGAGCUCUAGGAAGCCUUAGUGAAGAUGAAGAUGAAGAGGAGGAAGAUGAUGAAGAUAAAGAAGACAGUGAAAGUGAGAGUGAAAGUGAAGAAGAAAAUAGUGUAACAGAAGGACUAGAGGAAGUUGUACAUAUCCAAAUAACAGAUAAUAAACCAGUUACUCAAGUUAAAGAUGAUGUGCAGGUGAACCUAAAAACAUUUUUGAAUUCACCCACGGCAGAAAAUUUUGCGAGCAUAGGAAGUGGACAUGCAGAAAUAAUUAUUGCUGAAACAAAGAGUGAAGACAAAAACUUAAAGCCACCUCAGAAUGUAGAAGGUUGUUUGUUAGCUCUUGAUUAUGUGGUUAAACAGGAUUAUUUUCCACAAAGUACAAAGGACACACUUAUGGUCUUCCUUGACAGAGCAACAAGAAUCCAAGUAAAUUCCUCAACAAAACAGAGAUUACUGAGCAAUCUGCAGCAAAGAAAAAUGUGACAUAACGAAUUUUUAAAAACUUUUACUUGCCAGAGCUACUGAGUUCCUGACAGUGUUUCAUUAUGAAUGAUACAGUUGUGGAACUGACAUUUUCAUUUAUUUGUAUUUCUGUGAUAAUGGCUCCAGUGUGUGAUUGAUAUACACUUCCAUAAAAACUAGUAGAUUCAACUUGGGACUAAGUUGGUUGUUUGGAACAGCAGUGAUAAAUCUUGGCAUGUCAUAACUUAUUGCAGGUGAUAUAUCACCAAAAGACAGACCAUUGUCCUACAAAAAGGUGUUUGAUUGAAUCUGUUACUAAAGUAAACGAUGUAUCUUACUUUUGUAAACAAUGUGAAGUUGGUACAAGACAUAAAUGAUUAUUCUAUUUCCAAUCAUGUUAAAUAGUGUAAGUUGUUAGCAGCAGAGAGAGUUUAAGGAAAGAGCCGAACUGCUUUAAUAAUUAAAUUUUUAAAGUAAGUGACAACUACAGUAUUUCCUGUUCUUGUCUGGUGUUUUUGUAUUACUCUGUGAAUGAUGAUGUAAAAUGUCACACCUAUUUUAUAUCAUAAAAACAAAAAAUCAGCUUUCAAAAU